AUGUCUCUCCGGACUCCUCUUCGCGGAUUGCAUCUCUCCCGCUCUUUAUACAAGCCCUCAAUCCCUCGCCCACGCUCACUCCGCACCCUGACCACCUCCGCCCGACCCCGACUCACCUCCGCACCAACACCAACAUCAACAAUCUCACGAACCUACACUUUCACCUUCACCCCCACACUCAAAACCAACAAAUCCUCAUACUCAACAUCCUCAAAACCCCCCGCUGACCAAAUCAUCGACGAACUCCAAGAACUCUACGAAGUCGCAAAAGACGAAUUCGAAAUCGCCACAGAAAGCACCGACUCAGCAACCAUCUACGCGGCGUCGGACCGGGAGUCAGCGAGGGAUGCCCUGAAUGAACUCAUUGCCGUGUAUACGGUGUACACGAGGGAUAUGUCAUUUGUGAGCCAUUCGCCGCAGGGACAGGUGGAUGUGGAUACGGGGUUGGAUCCGGGAAGUAUUGGGGAUGAAGUGCGCGAGGAGGUGAGGAGGAGGGUGGGGACGAGGGUUAGAGAGAUUGUGGGGGCUGUGGAGAGUUUGGAGGAGAGGGCUUCUGCUGAGUGA